AUGGCGUUGCAAUCGGAAGUGACAACAGACACCCUGUCACUCCUCGAAGAACGCCUCCGGAUUCUUGACUUCGCGCUCAAUGGCGACCAAUCCGCAGCAGAUCACGAAACACAGGCGGCAGCAGGCACGAGCGAGACGAAAGGUCCCGCCAUCGCACGGCUGAAAUCACUGGAACGCUCGCUGCAAUCCCUCGCGGCCAAGUCGACCACCGUCAACGACGUGCUCUCCCUGCACGCGAGACACCCCGAUCUCUUCCACGUGCGCGACUCCACCAAUCUCCCCAUCUCCCUGCAACCCGCCUCAUUGCUCUCACUCGUCCUCGCAAAUUCUCAGCUCUACCUCUCCCUUUCCAACAAACUACCUCAACUCCAGGAGACGUCGAUUCCAGACCCCGCCCAGGCAACCAGGAUGGUCGCACUCGGCCCGCGCAUCGAAAAGGCACUGGCAAAGCAGGACUCGCAGGCGAGCGAGCUUGCGGAUCUGAGGCUGCGGAGCGCUAGAGUCGUGGAGUCCUGGUACGAAAGCGGCGUAUUGGGCAUGGGGGAGCGGUGGGCGGACUGGGAGGAGCGGUUACGCGCCGUCGAGAUCGCGGUGCGCAGACGUGAAGCUGCUAAGAAGCGGGAGGAGGCUCCUGUCUGA